CAGCCACCCUUCAUUCACCUCUCCUCCUCUCUCAGCUUCUCCACCAGCUGCUCGGACUCAGCUGGAGGUUUGUGAUGGUCACAUGACGAUGUUGUGGGUAUAUUACUCCAAAUGUCUGAGCUUGUUCUCCUCUAACAGAGCCCGCUGACCGCCUCUGCAAGCACCGAGAAGACAAAGUGUGUGCACGCUGCAGUGUUUUCACUCUCUGACACUUUGACAGCUGACAGACUUGAACUGGAGAAAAGUCUGGAGUUAUCAGCGCCGAGACGAAACUUUUUGCAGGGGAAUUAUGAGAAACGUGGAGCUGUGAAUUUUAUAUCCAAUUAACAGCUGACACGUCAGGAGGAGAUGGAGAACAAGGCCAUGUAUCUGAGUACAUAUGAGGAGAGAGAGAGCGGCUCCAUGUAUGAAGAGGCCUACGAUGGACGCAACUUGUCCAAACUGAACCUGUGUGAUGAAGGUUCCAGUAAACGUCGCAGGAAGCAGGAUCAGUGCUGCAGUCACCUGAACUCUCUAUCAGCCAUCAAGUACGCUAUCGUCUCCCUCUACAUCCUCGUUAUUCUCACCAUCUUCGGACUCUGCCUGGCAGUCUCUCGUUCCCAGGUUUCCUCACAGCGCCAGGAGGUGCUGAUGGAGAACGUGACCCGGAUGUCUGAGCGCUCUCGGCUGCUGCAGCAGAACCUUGGCGAGGCGUCCACUCAGGCUGACCUGCUGGAGAACAUCUGGAAACUGGAGAACCUCUUCCAGAACCACAGCGACUGGUUGCAGAGGCUGGAGAUCCUCAUCAAGGGCCUGGAGGUGGAGCUGAGGAGCAUUCAAUCUCACUCUCUUCAGUCAGAGGGCUACCUGGUGCAGCUGGACGACAGGUUGUCCCUUUUAAGCAGCUCCACUGGCAGGAACAUGACGGGCCUGACUACGGAGGUGAGCCGUGCCUCCACCUGGCUCCGCGAACAAGACGUUCUGCUCAGGGAGACGUCAGGACAAGUGAGCAGACUGAGAGAGAAAGUGGAUGAGGUUAACUGGACGGUUGGAGCUGUCAAUCACACCUUCAGCAAUGACAUCAGUAUUCACCACUUGAAGAUACAAGACUUGCAGAUCCAGAUCAGCAACAUUACAGAGGACACCAGCAGUUUAUGGGUGACCCACGUCCACACAGAGGCCCAGCUGAGGAACGAGAUGGAGAUCCUCAACACAAUCACAGAGGACCUCCGCCUGAAGGACUGGGAACACUCCAUGGCCCUGAAGAACUUCACCAUAUUAGAAGGUCCCCCGGGGCCAAAGGGAGACAAGGGUGAUAUGGGACCAAUGGGUGCUGCCGGGAUUCCUGGGUUGGUAGGAUUGAGAGGGCUUACAGGGGAGAAAGGCAUCCAGGGCCCUCGGGGGAUCAAAGGGCCUUCUGGGGGCAACGGUGAUCAGGGAGAAAAAGGAGACACUGGACCUCCUGGUCCUAGAGGUGACAGAGGAGAAAGAGGGUUCAAGGGGGAGAAGGGGGAUCGAGGGGACCGAGGAGAGAAAACAGUGGAGGAGACUUUGGUGCGUCUGGUGAACGGGUCAGGUCCUCAUGAAGGUCGUGUGGAGGUUUUCCAUGAACGCCGCUGGGGGACGGUGUGUGACGACGUCUGGGAUAAAAAAGACGGAGACGUGGUGUGUAGGAUGCUCGGAUACCAAGGAGCCACUGAGAUCCAUAAGACUGGACGCUUCGGACAGGGUACUGGUCUGAUCUGGAUGGAUGACGUGGCUUGUACAGGGACUGAAGACACCAUCCAUCAGUGCAAGUUUCCUGGUUGGGGCAAAACCAACUGCGGCCAUGUGGAGGACGCUGGUGUGACCUGUGCCGUCUAAACCUUUAUGAUCCUGACACUGCUACAGCGACCAAGCAUCUCCAGUGCCUUAGACCUUUAAGAAGCUACAAGGUGCACAACAUCCUACCAUUGCCAGGGGGUGUCACAUUAGCAGUAUGUCAGCUGACAAACCUCAGUGCUGUGCAAUGAAGUAAAUCUGCAGCUUUUUUUAGCACUUCAUGAUUAAACAUUUACCUACAAGACUGAAUCAUGGGAGCAAAGAAAAUGCACACAUUUUCCAAACUUUGAGCAACCAUGUGAGCUUCUACACGGGGAUGAUCGCCCAACAGGACUGUUCAUCAGGAGUGCUUCAUCAGACUGAAUUACAGAGUCUUCAGUGAAGGCCAAAGGUCAGCUUUCUGCCAUCAGAGGCUCGUCUGGUUUGUUGUUUUUGCCUCCUGCAUAGGGAGGAAGCGAAUCCAACAACUUCACCACCGCAGAGCCUUCAUUCAUUUGUCAGCUGUCGUCUCUGAGUUGGAGCUGAAAUGAUGCAUUAAGAAACUGACAAGACUGUUAUUGACAAACUGAUUUUUCAUUUACUGGCAGCUGCUCUUCGCACUAUUAUGUAGGAAUGGCUUUUGAGUGAUGCUAAACAUACAAACUGCCUUAUAUAUAUAUACAUAUGUAUAACAUAGCAUUACCCAGUAAGGGAUGAUUUGAUGAUUUGCAGGAGAAAAAGCAGUUGUUGAGUUAAAACUGGGAGUAAAUUUCACCUUUUCAACUUAAUUCUAAAGAUGCUUUGUGGGGUUUUGUGUAAACAAACAAGUUCUGGGUAUGUAAGGUAGAUAUGCUGCUCGGGACCAAAGACCAAAGACCCAAAAAGUUAGUGACAAGUUGGAACAUUUUAAGGUAUCAAGUGAUGCCACUAAAACCUUGGAAUGGAUCUUCUACAGCCUAUAAAUGCAUAAAAUGUGGACAGAUUAUUUCAGGAAAAACUGGGAAUAUGAGUAACACCAUAAAACACCUCAUCAAGCAUGUAGAAAGGCCAAUGGCCUUUUUGACGCAAGACUUUAAAUGAAGUACUCUCUUGGUAUCGGUAUCACUUAAAGGAUUCUGGUGUAUAUUUUUAAACCAUACCCAGUCCUUCCUUCAAGAAGGUUUAAAUCUGGAGCAAAUGGACGUGAAGAUGUUUCACCUCUCUUCCAAGAGGCUUCUCCAGUUCUGACUGAGUGGUGGGGAGAUUUAAAUAUUUAGCCUAGACAGGAUCAUAAACCCAGCUAUAGUUUACACUUGGUUCGUCAGUGCUUGUUGCAGACUGUCGUCAGAGUUGUUAAGGUCACCUGAGGUCUGGUGUGGACGAUGGUCGUUGGAGCCACAUGAAGCCAAGCGUGAAUUGCUGCUAGGUCUCUUGGGAAGGGAUGAAGUGACAGCAUUGUAGGUGGAGGAUAAGGUGUGAGAGACCUCCUCCUCUGUUGAGGGAUAGUUUCUUUAAUUUAACAACUCUGACAACAGUCAUCACAACAAGAACAAGCACUAACAAACUUGCUAAAGCCUCUUGGAUGAAAGGUGAAACAUCUCAACGGUUUUACAACCAUGUCCAGUUGCCCCACAUUUAACCCCUCUUUAGGGGAGAGAUGGCCUGGAUGACUAAGAACCUUUAUAGACUUUCAUAUCCAGCGCCAAAACAUUAGCCACAACAGCUUUACAAGGAAAUAUUUUAGGGUUUUGCAGCUUUUUAGCUUAGUUUGAACCUCAACAUCUAGACACCCUUUAACCUGCAAAUCACCAAAUGCGUCUUUACUGCGUGCUUUAUAUUUAUAAAUAAAAUAAAAAUGGAAAAAAAAACACAACUAACAAAGAUUUUGUAAAGGGUAAUCAGUCACUGCGGCUGACAGAUGAAGUGAUUCUAAAGAAGAGAGAACAGAUGAGUAUAAACAGAUGGAUGCAUGGACGCCUGCCCUGUACGAUUUAUAGCAGCGGGCCUGUCAGUGUUUAUUGCCAAAAGUUGGGUUGUUUCAGCAUUAAUGCACAUGUGUAUGCACACACACACACACACACGCACACCAACCAUAACAGACAAGCUUCUUCUUUUGAGGUUUAUGCCUCUGUCUAAGUCAGGUUUAAUCUUUAUGGCUGCCUUCAGAUCCAAAAAGGCUGGUACCUCCCAAGUGUCCUUGCUCACUUCUCCUUCUGAGCCAGCAGGAGACAUCGAGGUUGGAAUGAAAUAUGCAUGAGUCUGUCUCUUUACCCAGUCAAGUUUUACAUUUGAAGAGGGAAAACAUGUUUUAUGCACCUUUAAAAUUUGGCUUUAAAAACUCACAAAGUUCAGAUUUUUUCCCCCACUAAGGAGCUGUAGUUCAGCUGCCUCUGAUCCUGUACUCUGUCUGUGUAAGCUGUCCUACUUUAAACAAAUCAAAAAUUGUCUGGUACACUUUACUUUUAUGAAAAUUAAUCUGCACAGAUGAUGGCCAUUUAAAAACUUGUGUUCAUGUGAGUAAAGAAAAAAAAAUGUUGGAUUUGAAAUUGACUUUUCAAGGCGGUGCAGCCAGAAAUGACUUGCUCUACCUCAUGUUCGAGUGCCUUCAAGUGUGUGUUUGUCGAGGGUUUAUGUUUUAAACCACGACUCUGCCACAGAAGAAGACAAAUUAAAGAAGGAAAAGGAGAAAAGGGAUUUGGGGAAAAGGGAAAAUGAGGUGAGAAACCAGACUCAAUAGACUGAUGUGUCUCAAAAGAAAAAGGGAUUUGUGGGUGGGUAACAUUUUUCCCUCUUACAUUUUUCUUUAAAAGUUGAUUGGAUACGUUUUCUGGUACAAAAACACAUGUCUUUCUUUUUCUUUUUUUUUACCUUUUGGCAUCGCCGAAUAACAACAAGCACAACUGAACUGAACCUUGCAAACAGCAUCGACAACUCUUCGGCCUUCCAGGAGGCUAGUUCAUUUUUUUCUGAUUAUUUUUUUUUUACUUUGGUUUGUAAACUGUUUUAUAAAAGCUGUUCUCACUGUGACUAUUCAGACUUAUUGACACCAACACUGGCUGCCUAAUGUAUCCCAGUUGUAUCUUGCCUAUUAUUGUUUUUAUAAUUCAUAUUAGAGCUGAAACGAUCAAUUGAUUGAUGAGUCAAUCAACCGUAAUAUCAACAACAUUCUUUCUUAAAUGUGGGUAUUUGCUGCUUUUCUGUUUUUUUUUUUUUAUCAUUGUAAUCUAAUUUCUCUAUAUUUGCUAUUGACUGAGAAAAUAAUUGGCAGUUAAGUUGCAGCCCUAAAACACAAACACAUGUCACUGACAGUAUAAAGAAUGGACAGUGUAUGCGUGGCCACGGGUUUCUGAAGAGAAGCUUAAAAUUUGUGGCGUUGACUGCCGCCAUGUCACUUAUGCAUAACUUUAAGACUUUAAGACCAAAACAGUUUUUUGUACCAGGCUGUAAACAUGUUUAUCUUUGCUGUGAAGUUGGACAUUUUAACGUGGGGACUUAUGGAGGUUGACUCAUUCUGUAGCCAGCCUCAAGUGGACGUUUGAGGAACUGCAGUUUUUGCCACUUCUGCAUUGGCUUCACUUCACAGUCACAGAGGUUGCUACUUGGGUUUAAUGCAGAAGAAAUUGUCUUUAUAUGAUACAUUUAAUAUACAGUAUCAGAAACCCGAUGCAUGCUGUGGUUACACUUUGAUGUCCAGUAGUUUAUUUAGAAUGUGAAUGGGAAGAAUUUAAAAUUUACAAGGCUGUAGAGUCGUAUACUUUCCAACUAAUGCGUGCAUGAUUGAGUGUGACUUCUUUUUUUCCCGUGAAGCACCAAAGUGUAGCUGACAGUCCGACUGAGUGGCAGCCAGGCCUUUAUGUGUCUGGUCCUGAAGUCUCGCUUUCAUUUUGUUAGAGGCGUCACACUCUGUGGAGUUAUUACUAAAAGCUCUGCCUUUCUAACACAACGGCCAAAGAUAACACCCAUGGCUCCUUCAGUAUAUUUUUACUCCGCUUAUUUGUCAUCUCCUCUGUUGGAGAAGCAAACAAAAUGUUAUUGAUUGAGAUUCCUGUGAAACAUUUUCUUAGAAAAUAGUUUUGUGUUUACACAGGUUUGAGUAUGUUUUAUUCCACAGUAUUGACACCAACGGGCCUUUUAAUAUUCUAUAUUAAUAGAAGGAAGUGCAGCUAUGAAGGUGGCAGUGUGCCCAGCUUUUGUUUGUCUGCUUGUCUGCCACUGAAAAGAGACAGUUUAACUUUUAUGCCAUUUUCUAUUUUAGUUAAAGGUUCAGUGUGUCAGAUUUAGGAGGC